UUCCUUCUUCCUAGAUCUGAAUAAUAUGAAAACUCAGCAUAACUAUGCGGACUUUUCAUACAAAAAUUUUAAAUUUUUGCGCUUUAAAAAAUUAUAUUAAGCCGAAAAAUAAUCAUUUUGGAAACUUGAAUAAACUAUAUCCUUAGUCUCAUUCUACUUGACCUAAUUAUUUUCGUCACAGUCAUUUAAGAGAAAAAGAUUGUAGUGUAAAGUGUGUUGACAUGACAUGAGCUAUAUUUAUCGUAGUGAAAAUCCAUUAUCUAAAAAAGAAACAGGCCAAGUCAAAUGGGACGGAUGUAUUACUAGUCUAGUUCAACACAAAAUUGUGCAUGGACUAUCGUCAGUAAUAAACAUGAGUAUUGUUUUCCAAUAUGAAGAAUAUAGUAUAACAUAUGACACACUAGUAUAAAUAUAAUCAUCAUUUAUUAGUAAAUAAUUGAUUAUUGAAGUAAAUUAAUAAAUAUAUAAUUAGGUUAUAUAGUUUCUUUAAACAUCAAUUUUUAAUAAUAAAUGCUAAUUAAUUGUGAUUCAUUAAAUUAUAACAAAUUUUAAUUUUAUAAUAAUAUUAUUGAAAUAAUGAAUUUAAUAGGGGAAUACAUGGAACAUAUCGAUACAAGAUCCAAACCGAUUAGAGUAUUGUAUUUGUGUGGAUUAAACGAGCAAUCCUAUGUGGAUUUUUGUGUGUGUGGCUAUAUAGCUGCCUCUGCUUGCAUUUUUAUUCUCCAUUUUAAACGAAAGGAUUUUUUGCAUCAUGAAAUAAACGUCAACUUCUUCAUCAAAAAAUUUAGCCACAAUUCCUCUUUGUAUGGUUAAUUAGUUUUAGUCUUGUUUAAAAUAACUUCCAACUUUGUUUCGACUUUGAAAAACAUAGAUUUCACACUCUAUCGUUCAUACCAUACAAUUGAGACAAGCGGAGGAUUGAUGCAUAAGAAAGAAUAGAAGAAGAAUCACAAAAGGGAGGAUUGAGUCAUAAAGUCAAUCAACACGAGCAAAGAUAAGAAGAGAUAUCACAAAAGUUUGGUGGAAGCAUAAACAUGUCGGAGGCUCUCCUCUUAUCGCUGAUACAGAAGUUGGACAUUAAUUAUCAAGAAAACAUAGAAAUAAAUGAGGGCGUGAAAGUGGCAAUGGAAAGGGUAAUUAAAGAGAUGAGAGUGAUUGUGGAGAUUGUGAGGGAUAAGAAAUUGGAAGAGGGCAGAAGCCUCAAUUUUUUAGUAUCCGACCUUGUCGACAUGGCUGACGAUGCCAUCGACCAUUUCAAACAACACGGAAGCUAUAGUUGGAACUAUGAAUCCAUCCAUAGUUGGAUGGGAGAGAUCAAAAAGCAGAUGCUUACACUGGGCGAUGAUGAUGAGUCCAACAUCAGAUCAUUAGAAAAUGUCGAUGACGAAUAUCCAUUGGUAGGCUUGGAAGAAGAUUUGGAAAUGCUGCUUCGCAAAAGGAUUAUUGGUGGGGAAGGAUUCUUCAGUUGGGCUGUUGUUAUCAAAGGGAUGAGUGGUAUUGGAAAGACAACUCUUGCGAGAGAGAUAUACAACCAUCCAACCGUCAGGAAGCACUUCGAGACCCGUGCAUGGGUAUCUAAUUCUACUUACUUCACUACUCUUAAAGAGCUACUUAUCAAUCUAAUACAACAGCUAGAAGAUCCUCUGAAUCUCCAUGCAUCUUCCUUAUUGGAGAAUAUGGACAACCGAAGCCUCCGAGAUAUGCUUCACCAACACCUGCAAGGAAAACGAUAUCUUAUAGUGCUCGACGACCUGCCCAAACAAAUGCGCUUGAAGUUCUUGGAAACUCUUCCAAAAUGUAUUAGAAGUAGAUUGCUGCUCACAAGUCACACGACACAUGUCGACAUACAUUUAUAUGAUGAAAAUGUUUAUAAGAUGAAUCCUUUGGAUUCUAAGAAGAGCUGGCAAUUGUUUCUGAAAACAAUAAACCAUGGCAACAAAUUAAAGGGUGAGCACAAAUUCCCAAAGUCCUUGGAGUAUAUGGGAAAACUAAUGUUGAGAAAAUGUGGCGGUCUGCCAUUAGCUAUAAAAGAGGUGGGAAAGCAGUUAGCAGAAAAGAAAGUCUCAGGGGAGAGCGAAUGGGAACAACUUCUUGAAUCAGUUGAUUUUGGUUCAACAUUGAAGUUAUUGGAACCAUUUUAUCAUAAGUUGGAUCCCAAACUGAGGUCAUGUUUCUUGUCUAUGGCCUUCUUUAAGGAAAAUACAACUUUGAGGGCAGAAAAGCUGAAACAGAUUUGGAAUGUAGUAGGAGUAGCACAAGAAUAUAUAUGUGAGUCAUAUUUAGAUGGUUUAAUCAAUGAAUCUGUUAUUGAUGUCAAGGACAAGAGCACGGAGUAUCACAUUAAUGUUGUGCUACACAUGCUAUCCAUCCAAAAAGCAGAGGAGGAAUUCAGUUUUGAGAUCCUAAGGAACAAUGGAAAUAAUCGACCCUCUGAGAGUCCACGUGAUCAUCGUGUUAUCAUUUGUAGCAGAGACAAGUUCAACUACUCCACGGAUCAAGAUAAGCAUCUUGUUUCUCUCUUCUUCCAUGGAGGUGGCUACUUUGACGCCAAUCCAUCUUAUUGGAAUAGCUUUGAGCUACUUAAGAUACUUGACUUGGAAGAUUUCGGGUUGAAGAUUUUACCGGAAACUAUCGGCGCAUUGAUGAAAUUAAGAUACUUGGGAUUGAGAAAUAAUUACAUAAAAGAUCUGCCACAGUCGUUACGGUGCUUGAAAGAGCUUGAGGUUCUUGAUAUAGCUCUAAACUUUAUGGUGGAGGUCCCAGAUAUUGUAUGGGAAAUGGAUAGUCUUUGCCACCUCUACAUGUCUGAUGUGAUUUGCCGGAAGCCUUUGAAGAUAGACGCGCUAACGUUCCUAGAGACCUUAACCUACAUCUCGGUUGAUAAUUGGAGAUAUGGCAUCUGGGGGUUAAAAAAGUUGAAAUUUCUUAAGAAGUUAGGCAUAGAAGGAUUGGAUAGAAACUCAGAUGUAGGCAAGCUCUUUGGGUCAUUGGCUAACUUGGAGUAUCUUAAUCAUCUAAUCUUAAGAGGGUAUCGUUUUAGAAGCAUGGCUUGUUUGGAUGACAUUGGUAUUUUACAUAAAGUUCAUACUCUGAAAUUGGAUGGACUCAUUGCCAGGUUACCAACUAAUCUCCCUCCAAAACUUGAAUCAUUGACGUUGAUUGAUAGUUGUCUUGAUGAAGACCCCAUGCCACUACUAGGGACGUUACUCAAUCUAAGAUACCUCAAAUUGCGGAAUGCAUACACUGGUCAACAAAUAGUGAUCUUGCACGACAGCUUCCCUUGUCUCGGAGUGCUGUGCAUCGAAGAGUUAUGGAAUUUGAGAAAUGUACAAAGUGGUAAAGAUGCAAUGCACUGGCUCGAGAAGUUAGAAAUCCAUGAUUGUCCAUACCUGGAUACUCUCCCAGAAACGAAUAUGUGGGUUUUGUUGAAGGAGAUAAAGAUGGUGACAACCAAAAGCAUUGCAACAAAGAUGAGGAAUUCAGAGUACUUAAUCUCCAAUACAGAGACGGUGAAUAUCAAUCCUAUGAGCUAAAGCAGUUGGCGUGUUAAUUUGUAUAAUUGAUUUUUCUUCUCCUUUGGUGGUUGUGUUUGUAAAUGACAUUUAGUUGCGACAAUUGUGUGUCUUCAUAUCUUGUUUC